AUGUCGACCAUGUUGAAAAUGCUAACUUUAACGAUCAUAUUGAUGCUUACUAUUGCAAGCAUUAAUGCACAAAACUGUUCUCCUAAGUAUUAUGAGACCAUCAUAAGAGGUGAGUCUAUAAAUUAAAAUAUUACCUUUAAAACGCCAAUGUCGCUAUAAAGUACUAAUUACUGUGAAAAUAUUCUCCUAUUUUCUUCAAUAUUCCAUUAACAAGUCGUGAUCUAUUUCAACUCUUUACUUUUACACAGGAGGUGCACCUUUACCUCCGAACGAGGUUAUAUCGAGUCACAGUGUUGAAAGCGUAGACAGUCAGAUAAAGUGCUACCAUCUUUGUCAAAAAGAACCAAAAUGUGUUGGAUUUAACUACAGAAUUACAACACUCAAAGUUGAAAACUGUCAACUGACCAACGUGACGAAAAAAAGAGAUACAACAACAUCGGGAGAUUGGACAUUGCUACGCGACAUUGAAGCGGUAUGUUAG